ACGAAAUGUUAUCUUUUCAAUGGCGGUUGCUCGGCCCUUUUCUGCUUAAUUGAGCCUGUGUUCAUUUUUUGUGGGUGUUUUCCGUAAUUGUAUACGCCACAUUCAAGCUGCACCGAAAGAACGAGAAAACAAACGUUUCGAAACAUGUACGUUAUCCCACGCAUUUAAUUUCAGUCUUCAGAAAACAAAAACAAUAGGUGAUUUUCUCUCCAAUUCGAUCUUUUGUGAACGAUGUCUGCCAGCAAACUCAAGAACAUUGUCCCUCUUCUCGACCGCGUCCUUGUUCAAAGAAUCAAGGCUCAAGAGAAAACUGCCUCUGGUAUUUUGAUUCCAGAGAAGGCUCAGGAAGCUCUUAAUGAAGGUUAUGUCGUUGCCACUGGUAAGGGUGCUCUUGACAAGGAUGGCAAGCACAUCCCCACCCAAGUUGACGUUGGUGACAAGGUUUUGCUCCCUCCCUAUGGCGGCAGUAGCGUCAAGAUCAACAGCGAGGAGUUCCUUCUUUUCCGUGAUUCCGAGAUUCUCGCCAAGGUCACCGAUAACUAAGUAAAAAGCAUUGCAUUUUCGUCCUUUUUAAUAACAUGUAAAUCUACCCAUCGGCCGUCUGUAGUCAGUGCGGUUUCCCCUCAAAAGUAAGACAAUAGAAUUCCAGGUGACCCUUGUCAAUUUUACUGCCGUAUGCCCAUGUUGUUUUAUUGUGUGCUGUUACAAAGAUU